GCGUUGCACUCACCAUCCCCAAAGCGACUUUUUUUUGUGCUACACUGUGCCAUCGCUACUCAUUCUCAGGCUGUCUCGGAUUUUUUUUUUUUGACUAGCUUGUGUUAAACUUCUGUCCCUCGACAGAUACAGGGACAUUGACCCUGCUCCCUGCCAUCACAAUGGCCGCUCCCAUCCAUACCUAUGGACCUUCAUGUUUCCUGGCAGCUGAUGCGACAGAUCCCGCCGCUUGGCUUUCCUCUGAAACUCCCCCGACCGUACGGCCUCAAUUCUUUUACACCUCGCCGCUUCCCAUAGAUGACCCUUUGACUGCGCUGCCCGCUCCAACUGGCGGUCAAGGAUCCGCCAAUGCAAAAGCUCCGCUUCGACCAUUUUCAGUUCGGGAUGACGCCACUCUGGAGGAAGCCUGGCGGUCACUACAAAAGAGCCGAAGAGAAGGUCUGAUCGCGAGGGCUAAGGCACAAGAAGGUCGUUCCUCUAAAAGAAACUCGGGGAUAAUUGUGCCAGGGCAGGAACCUACCUCUAGCGCGGAUGGGAAGAAACGGGUUGGGAUAUCCGUAAGCUCAAGCUUGGAUGACCACCAGGGCAAACAGAGCAAUACCACUCCACUGUCUUUGGAUGACAAAGCGCUGAAGAGCUUUAGAGGGCGCUUCAGAACCGAGUUUGGAAGCUCUGGCCCCGAGGUUGAGCAUGAGGGAGUCCGGAAAAGGUCUCGUACGCUUGAGACUAACUCAAAGGAAAACCUGAGACCCAAUAAGCUCCAGCACAAGGCCAGAGAGCCAGUUUCUCGUGAUGAUACCGAUCCUGCUACGGCGUUUAAACCCAGCAGCUCGCUACGGGCGGAGGACACGACCCUCGACAGCGGUGAGAGCGUCAGCUCCAGGGGCAACAGCUCGCGGGAUGCGAGUAUGAGUGGUUCUCCAUUCAUCAGAGCUCCUAUUCACAAACCACAAAGUCUCUUAGGAAGAUCCAUCGAGUCAAGCUCCUCGAGAGACGCCGCCAAUCCAGACUCUCCGACAGAUGCGACUGUUCACGCCGCAGCCAAGCGCUCUGGUUUGAGGACGAGCGUCGACCAGCUAUCGCUUGAGGAAUCUGAGGUGCAUUCGCAGGAGUCCGAACAGAUUGCUGACACACAGUGGAAGAUCCCAGUGGGUGCUUCCCGGCUUCACCUUGUUGAAUUACCGAAGCUAAAGAUGAAGCCGAUAUAUUGGAGCCCAUUGCACGAUAUCUCAAACGUCGUUCGUGCGACAUGGUUCUACAAGAAUACUAUGUUGCCAGUUGAGACCGAGCUUGCUAACAAACUGGAAGAUGGGUAUCUCUACCUGAAGCCGUGGACAGAGACAUGGCAGGACGAACUCAACAGCUGUGUCGAGAGCGGUGCUGAUGCGGAGCUGAAGGUAGUUCACAGGCUCUGGCCCAAAGAGGACCCGACGCGACCUUCGACAGCCGCAGCUGCUCCCCCUGAUGGCACUCCAUCCGCUGCUCACGCAGUGGAACAACCCGAGCAUUCUGCUGAUAACCCUUUGGUCUUCGACGAAAACCGUGCUGCUGGAGCUACUCCGAUGCAGUCCGAAUCCAUCAAACCCUUUCUAAACUCUAGUGUCAUCUAUGCUGAUUGGAGGGAGGCACAGAUCCUGCGACCCAGCCUUCUGCCAUCUGUAUCUCGCGGCCGACGACCGCUCAGCGCGAUUCGUAAGGGCAGACAGAUUGGUAUUCCUGUAGUCCGUGGUUUCAGUCGUCGCUUGUGGGACCGUCUACACCCUAGCAAACCGAGUCCUGUAGAAGUGAGGAACUACCUUCGAAGCACCCAGACCCGAGCAAUGUCCACAUCCGGAGAGCCAGUAUGUUAUGCCUGUGCGAUAGAAGAAUUACGGCCAGCUCCAACGGAUCUCGUCCUUGUCAUUCACGGUAUAGGUCAGAAGCUAUCAGAACGAAUGGAAAGCUUUCAUUUCACACAUGCGAUCAAUGCCUUCCGCAGGACCAUCAAUAUGGAGUUGAAUAGCGAGCCCGUGUGGCCACACGUACGUCCAGGACACGGAGGAAUCAUGGCCUUGCCUGUGAACUGGCGCUCAACACUGUCCCUGGAUGAAGCCAAUCUUGAGUCUCCUGGGGCCGGAGACCCAGCUUCCAAUCACUACUCCCUGAAGGACAUCACCCCGGAAACCAUUCCCGCUGUCAGAUCCCUGAUCAGCGACGUCAUGCUGGACAUUCCAUACUAUCUCUCGCAUCACAAGCCCAAGAUGAUUCAAGCAGUUGUCAAAGAGGCCAACCGUAUUUUCCGGUUGUGGUGCGAAAACAACCCGGGAUUUCAACAGCAUGGCCGAGUCCAUCUGCUCGCCCAUUCCCUUGGCAGUGCUAUGGCCCUCGACAUCCUCAGUCAUCAACCAACAAAAGUCCCUCGGUUCGAUUUCUCCACGACAAGUGUACAUGGGGACAUUUUCGAGUUCGACACGAAGAACCUGUUCAUUUGUGGCAGCCCCGCUGGAUUUUUCUUGCUGCUCAACAAAGCAAACCUGCUUCCCCGUCGAGGCCGUGACAAACCAGGCUGCGAAGGUGAUGACCGUCUCCCGGGCGUCGCAGGCGAAGCCGACACCUACGGCUGCCUAGCCGUCGACAACCUCUAUAAUAUCAUGCACACCACAGACCCAAUCGCCUAUCGUGUCAAUGCGGCUGUAGACAGUGGCUUAGCCGCCUCCCUCAAACCCGCCUCCAUUCCCACCACAACCUCUAGCCUCUGGUCCUCCUUCGGCAGCGUCUUCCGCUGGUCCACCACCGGCACCAGCACCGCCGACACUGUUCUCCGGCCCGCCCCCAUCACCAAGCUCCCGACGCAGGUUGAGCUCGAAACCCACGAUUUCACGCGCGAGGAAAUCGCCGAGAAACGCAUGCUCCUGCUCAACGACAACGGGCAGAUUGACUACUACCUGUCUGGGGGCGGCGGGCCGCUCAACAUUCAGUACUUGAACAUGCUGAGCGCGCAUAGCAGUUACUGGACGCUGACAGACUUUGUACGCUUCGUGGUGAUUGAGAUUGCGCGCAAGCAGGGGCGCGAUGCCACAUUGCCUGGGUUGAGGGCGGAGAAGAAGAAGGGGUGGAGGGUUAGUAAGGGCUGAUGAUCCAUUCUGUGCCUUUGACUGGUGCGGUUAUGAAGGGCUUGGGCUCGGGGGCUUGAGGUUGUACGAUGGGUUGGUUUGCUGGGGUGGAGUUCUCGGGAAUUGAUACCCAGUCUUCUUGUUUCAUUCUUCACUAUAAUUCUGGCUUCUAGCUUUCGGUUGAUAGUCACAAGAUCUUUUUCACGG